AUGGGAAAUAAUUUCUCAAAGAGUUCAAGCCAUAAUCAAGACAAACCAUCAAGUAUUUAUAAAAGAUAUUUAUAGACACAACUAAUAACUUAGUUUCAAUAAAAUUUUCAUAGCCAAAUUUUGGCGACAGGAUUCCUUUCUUAUAUCUGUUUAAUGGCGCUGGUGACUUUCACUGAAUGUUUUUUUUGUUUUUUUUGUUUGUUGUUUUGAAGGUUCAUUGUCUUUAAAUAAGUUUAAAUGUUCGAAUAUAAUGUAAAAUGCAUACUUGAUUUGAAUUUUGCAACGAACAUCUGAACAAUAACUCUCCUCAUUCACAAGACUGUCUUAUGGUGUAGUCGUAAUUGUGCACAUUGUAUGGAUAAUGCAUUUUUGACUUUCUAAGUUUGAGUUUCACAUUUCCACAGAUUCUGAUCUCAUCAUUCCAGAACACACACUGAACACAACCUGGGGAACAUUUAAGUGGAAAGGUUGCCAGGAAAAUCCAGGACACAAGGAGUUCAUACCUGUGAAAGAGUUUAACCUCGAACAUCUACCAAAAGGGUACAGAACUGAUCACUUUCUGAGAAGCAUAAGACUCUUGGGUGAUUUGACUUGUCGGAUAACUGUAACUAGUGUCAGCGAUAAGAGACCACACGAUAACACGUUAUUCAGUCAAUCAGGCAGAGUACGUAUGGGGACAGGCACUGUUUUUGAGGUUAUAAGAGAAACAAAUGAAACAGAGGCCAAAACAUGUGUGCAGUGUGGUAGUUUGCAUGAAACGACAGGUUUCUGUAUAAUAAGAAUUAUCACCGCUUGCCAUGUGGUAUUUGACUGCCAAGAAGCUGGACACACAACUAUAGAUUUAUUUUACGAUGAUGAAUUCAACAAAAAAGACAUUCAUACGCUAGACGGGUGCCGUGUCAUUAGCAAAGACGUGGAUGAAGACUGGUGUGUCUUUGAUUGCCUGACAGGAGAUGAUGACUUGGCAAAGAGGAUGCACGAGAGAUUAAAUGAUUUUAAAUCUUUGAUUCAUAACAGGAAGUUGGAUACUUCUGUUCCAUGGAUCAUAGUGGCGUCACAUCCUCACGGUCUUGCCAAACACAUAACUGUUGGUGAAUGGAAAGAAUACGAUGGUACUGAAUCGACGAAACAAGUUACAAAUAUUGACAAGCGUAAUUUCAUGAAGUUUUAUGAAGACAGUGUUGAGUACAGUUUAAUCCCGUCCAUCGAACCAUCCAUUGUUUCCAAUACGAAAAGUAAGUGGGAAAUUUUGAAUGCUUUGCAAAAACAUAUUUCUUCCUGUUUUUUUUAAGGUGGAAUCACGAAAUCCAAAUAAUUUAUUGCAUUCCAGGGUUGUAAGUUGCAGGUGUUUCAGUGGGUGUGAGCAGUGCCGUAGCUUGGCUCCUGCAAGCCCCGUGGCUGCAGGGGUUCUAAUCACAUAUUUAAGGGGCCCAAAGUUGUGAUGUGGAAAAAAUUAAUGAAAAAUAGCUAAAUAGAAGAAAACCAUGAAAAGUUGCAAGGGGUCUAAAAAAUUCACGUGACGGCUCUGGGUGCGAGGCAAAGUGGUUACAGGAAAAGAGAAACCAAACAUUUUUAUAAGCCGAUAUUAAAUGUCUACAAUUUACUUUAUGUAAAAAAUAAGUAUCUAGUUUAUCGUUUAAGUUUUAUACAUUUUUUAAGUAAAUUCAACAACAAAAAAAAAAAAAAAAAAAAAAAAAAAAAAAAAAAAAAAAAAAAAGAAAAAUAGAAAUCCAUUUUUUAAGGAGCAUUAUUACUUUGAAUCUUUCAAAUAUUUUGUUUUCCAUUGUAGUGUUAUGUAUUGCUUUAAAUAAUAGAAAAUAAUAACUUCUAAAUAAAAUUUAAUUUAAGGCAUGGCCAGUAGCUGAAAUUAGGGAAUGCUCAGCUUUUUUCUUUCUCAUUUGACAGAUGCUGAAAUCGUCGGCGUUGAGUGUAAAGUCUUUUUGCCUGAUGGAACUGAUCAAAUCUGUCAAAUAUGGCAAUUUGACAGUCCUGUUAAAAAAGUAAAUUAAACUUAUUAUUUUAUUGUAAAUAACUUUUCAUAAGACCAUGGCAUUUACUUGACUAAUCCGCGCCAAAAUCACUGAAUGAACCUUUCAGUUUAUGACUGUACCGUAAUAAAGAAAUUUUUUAAUUACUAUUUCCCGCAAGGAAAAGGUCUUCUAAUUUAAAAAAAGCCCCAAAACACAAAAAAAAAAAAAAAAAAAAAAAAAAAAAAAAAAAAAAAAAAAAAAAAAAAAAAAAAAAAAAAAAAAAAAACAAAAAAAAAAAUUUUUAAAAUAAAUUUCCCCCAAAAAAAAAGUUUUUAAAAUAAAAAAAAACCCACAAAAAAAAAAAAAAAAAAAAAAAAAAAAAAAAAAACAACAGAAAGAAACAAAAAAAACAAACAAACAAACCCAACAGCAAAACAAUAAAAAAAACAAACAAAUAAAAAAAAAAACCUUAAAAAAAAAAAAAACAAAAAAAAAAAAAAAAAAAAAAAAAAAAAAAAAAAAAAAACAACAGAAAGAAACAAAAAAAACAAACAAACAAACCCAACAGCAAAACAAUAAAAAAAACAAACAAACAAACCCAACAGCAAAACAAUAAAAAAAACAACAACAUUUAUUUCAAGCUAAAACUAAACAAUUAUUUUAGACUUACCGAAAACACUAUUAUUUCAAACUAAAGCUAAACACUUAUUUCAAAGUACCGGUACAACUAAACACUUAUUUUAUACUUAUAGAAAACACUAAUAUUUCAGACUAAAACCAAAUACUUAUUUCAGACCAAGGACAUCCUCAUGGCCGAAGCUUGCCUAGGGGGAAACCCAGAUGACUUUUACCUCGAGUUAAUGCUGCCCAAUGAAGAAAAGCAAGUCAUGAAUGAAGAGCAAGACUUAAACUAUUAUAUGGAUGAUUUAACAAAAGCUUACUCUAUUUACAUUAGAAGAAAUGAAGCAAAUUUAAUCGACUGUUCAUAA